AUGGAAGAGGGGAACGAUAUAAAUUAUAUCAAUGUACCGUUCUACCAGCCCAAUAAAGGAACAUUGAAUACCUCAUUGACAAUCUUGGUUGAGAUUUUGUUCAACAGCCAAAGCCAGCCAUCCACCAAGCAACUUCGAGUCGUUUUCGGAAAUGUCGCAGUCGCUACAAAGGUUAAGCAAUUGGAUUAUAAGGAUUUAUACGAUUUGGGCUUGAAUCCUGCCAAUGUCAAUGGAAACUUAUGCGUCAUUGCACAAGCCCCGCCUUUGGAACACACACAGUGGCUAUCACAUAGGGUACCUUUGAUUCUACAGGCUUUGGAUAACUCAACUAUUACCGACUCGAUCGAAUUCGGCUACUUUGAUUACCUCUCUAACCCUUCAAAUUCGAAUUACAACUCUUUUAUCUCCCCUCCUCAGUUUCACGACGACAAUCCUCAGUCUUCUACCUCAUAUCAACCUUUCUCUCUCCCACAAUCACCUUACCAGCCUUCACCUCAACAUCCUGUUAAGAUCGAGCAGCCACUUAGCCCCACCCUUGCACAAACGAAAAGCCCUGCUCUCGCUCAGCCUACUCAGCCUAUUCCUCAAUCUAUUCAACAAUCUCAGUCAAUCCAACAGAUACGACAACCACCUCCACCAACAACUGCUCCCAUGCCUCCACCUGUAGCUCCUCCAAUACCUACGGGUGCAAUGCAAGAACCUCCAUUAGUUAGAACUUCCCAACUCCCUACUGGUCCCUCUGGUGAGAGUCUCAGCCCUGAAGCCAACAGAGCUACUCUGGUCUUUCACGGCAACUUGUUGGAUAUGGCUUCUUCGUGGACUCAAGAGGAAUGGGAGAAUAGACGUAGACUCGUUCAAUUCUGGAGGAGGCAGGAAGGUCCCGUUGUUCAUGCCACCUUCAGACCUAUCACACAGGCUGAGUAUAAUCAAGAUUCUGUUGUUAUCAGUUGCAUUUUUAGAGAAGACAAAAAUGAGUGCUUCGUCACUUCAGUUGAUGCUAUUUAUUUAUUAGAAGCGUUGGUCGGUAUAAGAUUUACUGUUGAAGAGAAAAACAGAAUCAGAAGGAAUCUUGAGGGAUUCAAACCAAUUACUGUAUCAAAGACCAAGGCUGAAUCUGAAGCUUUCUUCAAACUUAUCAUGAGCUUCCCUAAUCCGAAGCCAAGGAAUAUUGAAAAAGACGUCAAGGUAUUCCCAUGGUCCAUCUUAUCGGAGGCAUUGAAGAAGAUAAUCAGCAAAUAUUCAGCUGAUUAUAAUAACGAGCUUGGUGCUAUACAACAUCAACAAUUAGAAUCUCCAGCGUCACAGCAUUCACACAAUCAAUCAUUUGAUCAGAUGUCUCCAUCAAGUGCCAGACAAUUUGACUUUUCACAGUUUGUCAAGCCAGAAGAAGAGGAUGAUGAGAAUAGCUACAGUCAGCCACCUCACGCUGCGUAUCUCAACAGCUUAAGAGAGGAGCCAACGACGAGUCCCCCAAGCGUUCCAAACAUUCCACAGGGUGGUGUUGGAGGGAGCGUAGGCGAUCUAGGAGGCAUAGUAGGAAACAGUGGAGGCGUUGGUGCUGGACCGUCGUCUUGGGUGUACAAAUGA